CUGAUCCGGAGACGCUCUGAGUUAUCCAGUUGGCAAAUCCGGUACGGAAUCGUGUUCCGAUUCCACCGAUCCAAGUGUUUUUGCUAAACUAGCUCAACCCAACCCAGUGUCUCUCUUCCCUCGUUAGGGCUCGUACCUCACCGCAACUCUCUCUCUCUCUCUCUCUCUCUCUAAGAAGGUCCCCGGAAGACGUCUUUAAAGGCGGUUAUUGAUCCCCGUAUGUGGUACAUUUCGUUCUCACAUUCGCGCACGCGCGCAUUCGAUGCACUGAGAUACUAUUCACUUUCUACGCUCAUUUCCUCAUUUUUGGUGUUUUGUUUCCUCUUGAUUAUUGUUUGUUCGUGAUAUAUACUGGGGAAAAAAACCCCUCGAAUAGUGCAAGGGUUUUUAUUCACUUGGGUUUGAUUGCAGUGAAGUCCACUCCUUCCAGUCUUGGAUCGCUCGGUGCAAGAAAUUGAACCACGUGGUUCUUUACGAUUGGGGGCGGUUUUAUCGAAGUAGGAUGGAUUGAAGGGGAGUUUAGAUUUGUUUUUGGAACCCUUGAAUUGGUGGAAGUCUGGGUUUUAUGUUGGUUUGAUUGAAUUUGGGUUGUUCAAAUGGAACCUGAGGAGAGGAGACCAGAACGGCGAGGGAGAAAAAGGAGGAGGGUGGAUUCGCAAAAUGCUUCGGUGGAUAGGCAAGAAAAGAGGCAGGUGAAUGAGACGAGGUCGAAGGCAUUGGUCGGGAGGUAUGUGAGGAAGGAGUUUGAGGGUAGUGGUGUUUUCCUUGGGAAGAUAGUUUAUUAUGAUUCUGGGCUAUACAGAGUUGAAUAUGAAGAUGGGGAUUGUGAGGAUUUGGAGAGCAGUGAAGUGAGGGAUUUUCUCGUUGGGGACAACGAUUUCGAUGGUGGGUUGAUGUUAAGGAAGAAGAAGUUAGAUGAGUUAAUCGUGAAGAAAGAUGUGAAGACCGCGGAUAUGGUGGUGGAGGGGAAAGUAGCGGCUUUGAUGAGUGUUGAAGUAUGUUCGGUGAGUGGUUUUGGUAAUGAUGAUGCCAAGGAAAUUGAUGCCGUUCAAGUCGAUGGCGAUGCUGAUUCAUCUAGUGAUUCUUGUGAGCAUGCUCUGGACAGGGAUGCUAGCUUGGAGGUUGAUGCCCCUGUUGUCCUUCCACCACAAUUGCCCGCUUCCUCUGGAACUAUUGGUGUUCCAGAGGAGAGUGUUUCCCACCUUUUCUCUGUAUAUUGUUUCUUGCGCUCAUUUAGUAUCCAGCUGUUUUUGAGCCCCUUUGGACUUGAUGAUUUCGUGGGAUCACUCAACUGUCUUGUCCCGAACACAUUGUUGGAUGCCAUUCAUGUUGCUCUCAUGCGCGUGCUGAGGCGUCAUCUUGAAAUCCUCUCUUCGAAUGGUUCUGAGCUGGCAUCAAAAUGUCUGAGGUUAAAUGAUUGGAGCUUGCUAGAUACAUUGACUUGGCCUGUUUACUUAGCCCAGUAUCUAAUGGUAAUGGGAUAUACUAAUGGACCAGAAUGGAAGGGAUUUUACAUUGAUGUUUUUGAGAAGGAUUAUUGCACCUUAUCCGUGAGUCUGAAGUUGAUGAUUUUGCAAAUAUUGUCCGAUGAUGUUUUAGAAUCUGAUGAGCUACGGGCAGAAAUCGACACGCGUGAAGAAGCAGAGGUUGGAAUAGAUUCUGAUGCUGUUGCAAAUGUUGCUUCGGAACCUGGCCUGAGAAGGGUUCAUCCAAGAUACUCAAAGACUUCUGCUUGCAAAAACAAAGAAGAUGUGGAGAUCAUAGCAGAAACACAUGGAACAAGAUCUAAUUGUUUCUCAAGUUCCUUGGGUGUACAUGGCAAUGAAAUGGAAGUGGAUGCUGAUAUUGCCCAUGAUGGUAAUGUUGAUGAAUGCAGGCUUUGUGGUAUGGAUGGAACUUUGCUCUGUUGUGAUGGGUGUCCGUCAGCUUUCCAUUCAAGAUGUAUAGGUGUGACCAAAAUGUUUAUACCGGAAGGGGAUUGGUAUUGCCCAGAGUGUACAAUUAACAAGACGGGGCCAGCAAUUACACGGGGUACAUCUCUUAGAGGAGCUGAGGUUUUUGGUAUUGAUUCGUAUGGACAAGUGUUUUUGGGUACUUGCAAUUAUUUACUGGUGCUGAAGAUUUCAAUCAACUCAGAUCCAUGUCUUAGAUACUACAACCACAAUGACAUUCCAAAUGUCCUGCAAGCACUGUGUUCCUCUGUGCAACAUGUUGUUCUGUACUCUGAGAUUUGCAAGGAAAUUCUACAGUAUUGGGAUAUUCCAAAAGAGACUGUACCUCUUGCUGAAGCAUUUGAAAUGGGCAAAAGGUCAGCAGACGUAGAUGGUGAGUGUUCUCUUCCAUCACUUCCUUUCCUGGGUAAGGAGAGUUGUAAUGGUAAAGAUGUGGUUGAAAGUGAGAACUUAGCAAGUUGUGUAACUGGGGAUAGUGCAGCACAUGCGGUAGUUUCAUGCCUGGAAAACUCUGGUGAAGAGCCUGGGUUCAACAGAAGUUUGUUGGAUACAAUGCCCCAAACAGAACACCCUGGGCAGCAAAGGAGUGGCGACACUGCAACAAAAGCUGUUUCUUGUCUUAGUAAUACAGGGUACUCUUUGAAGACUAUAGCGGAUUUAUCUCUGUCUUCUGGUUUAGUUAGCCAGCAGGUUGAUCCAUGUAGUCUAAGUCAACAAUGCAUCACUGGAACAUCAAGCUCAACAGAAUUAGGGAUAUGUAAUUCAGGAAAUAGCGAUAGAGGUUACGGAGGAAAAGUGAAUGGUAUAUGUGUUGCAGUUAACAUGUCCUCUCAAAUCAAAGAAUACAGAGGGUGCGUUGGUGGGAUAGGGUGCACAAAGUUAUCUGAUCAUUUUCUAUACACGGGUUCCCAUUUUAAGUCUCAAGUCUAUGUAAAUAACUAUGUCCAUGGAGAUUUUGCUGCUUCUGCUGCUGCCAAUCUGGCGAUUCUUUUGGCGGAAGAAAAUCGGGGUUCGGAGUCUCAUGCGUCAGAUGCACGGAGAAAAGCCGUGUCUGCUAACAAUUCACUGCAACUCAAAGCUUUCUCAUCAGCUGCAAUACGUUUUUUCUGGCCGAAUCCUGAAAAGAAGCUUGUGGAAGUCCCAAGAGAAAGGUGUGGUUGGUGUCUCUCUUGCCAGGCUUCUGCUUCAAGCAGGAGAGGAUGUUUGUUGAAUGCUGCUGCCUCAAAUGCCAUUAAAGGUGCUAUGAAAAUUCUUUCUGGCCUUCGUUCGGUAUCGAAUGUAGAUGGAAGCCUUUAUGGAAUUGCAAUGUACGUUAUGUUCUUGGAGGAGAGUUUAUGUGGACUGACAGGUGGUCCCUUCCGGAGUGCUAUGUACAGAAAGCAAUGGCGUAAACAAUUAGAGCAGGCUUCAACUUGCAGUGCAAUAAAGACCCUCUUGCUCAAGCUUGAGGAAAACAUCCGUAUUGUUGCUCUUUCUGGGGACUGGGCUAAACUUGUGGAUAAUGGGCCAGUUGAAUCUUCUGCGAUCCAAAGUGCUGUAUGUGCUGCUGGAUUAACUCGGAAACGCAGACCAAGUGUGAGGCGGGGUAGGAAAUCAUCUGCUGUAUCUGAUGUCUCAUCUGAGGAUUCCCUAGAUAGCUCAAGUGACUUCAACUGGUGGCGAGGAGGGAUGCUAUCAAAGAAAAUAUUGCAAAGAGGAGUCUUACCAUUCCCAGUAAUUAAGAAAGCAGCUCGUCUAGGUGGUUGUAGAAAGAUUCCUGGUGUUUGCUAUACUGAAGAUUCUGAGAUCCCAAAAAGAAGCAGACAGUUUAUUUGGAGAGCUGCAGUUGAAAUGAGUAAGAAUGCAUCACAACUUGCGCUUCAGGUCAGGUACCUAGACUUUCAUGUAAGAUGGGGCGAUCUUGUUCGUCCUGAACAGAACCUUCAAGAUGGAAAAGGUCCAGAGACAGAAGCUUCUGCUUUUAGAAAUGCGUCUGUUUGUGAUAAGAAAACUAUGAAAGACAAGGUUAUAUAUGGAGUCGCUUUUGGGAAUCAAAAGCAUCUCCCUUCCCGCGUCAUGAAGAGUAUUAUCGAUAUUGAUAAAGGAGAAGAUGGAAAAGAGAAAUACUGGUUUUCUGAAACUCUUGUUCCUCUAUAUUUGAUCAAACAGUAUGAAGAGAAGGAAGACAAAGUGCUUCCGCCAUUGGCUGAGAAUCCUGUGAAUGUGCUCUCUGAUUUACAAAGACUGCAGCUGAAAGCUUCCCGUGAGGAUAUUUUUUCUUACCUUUCACUUAAGAGAGACAAUUUGGACAAGUGCUGUUGUGCUUCAUGUCAACUGGAUGUUUUACUUAGGAAAUCAGUCAAGUGCAGUGCAUGUGGAGGUUUUUGUCAUGAGCGGUGUUGCAUCUGUUCAGCAAGUGGCAGUAGUGACAACGUUGGGUUUUUGAUCACCUGCAAACAAUGUUACCAUUCCACUACUCUCCCCCAAAGUGACAAGAGUAACGAAUCAACAAGCCCUUUGGUUUUGCAAGGGCAAAAGAUUCGGAAUGCAGUUACAGUCAGUAAAGGUGCCAAGCAGAAAAGCUUAAAUCAACCAUUAGCAUCCGUCGGACAUUUAAAAAGUUCUUCGAAGACAAAACCAGCCAUGAAUGGUUCUAACUUGGCAACAAAAAAACGACCCAAGUUAUGUUCUUGGGGUUUGAUACUGAAAAAAAACUCCAAAGACAGUGGAACGGAUUUCAGAUUGAAUUAUAUUCGUCUUAGGAGCAACUCGGAUGAGAGCAGGUCAGGACCUGUUUGUCACCUGUGCCGUAAGCCUUAUAAUGCUGAUCUCAUGUAUAUUUGCUGUGAAAUGUGCACUAGAUGGUAUCAUGCUGCAGCAGUAGAACUUGAGGAAUCAGAAAUUUUUGAAGUGGCGGGUUUCAGAUGCUGUAGGUGUCGUAGGGUAACAUUACCUUCAUGCCCUUACUCGGAUCCGGAGAGCAAUGCAAUGGUGACAGCCAAGGGGUUCCCCAGAGCUCCAAAUAUGGGGAAUUCAAUAGUGGAGCAGGAUUAUGAUAUCUUCUCUGGACAAUAUAAAAGGUUGGAAUCAAAUAGUCCAGUGUUGCCAGAAAAUGAGGGAAUUUUGUGUGCACCAGAGGAGGAUAGUCUUCUUUUUUCUCUUUCAAGUGAUCAGCAAUUUAGAGAACACGAUCGGGAAAUGGAUUUUGAGUGGAAUACCAUUACUACUGCUGCUUCUGGAACUGUUCCUCAGAAACUACCAAUUAGAAGGCAUAUGAAGUCUGAGAGGAAUGGAGAUUAUCCAACUACGGGCGAGUUAUCAACACCAAUUGAGCCAAACAAUCUCUUGAACCCUGGAGAUGUAUCAUUAUCUCCUAAGUUGGAGUGGGAUGUUUCUGAAAACGUUUUUUCCGAAGAUGGUGUAGCGUUUGACUGGGAAGGUCUGAACUAUGAGGAUAUGGAGUUUGAGCCCCAAACCUACUUCUCAUUUACAGAGUUGCUGGCAUCUGAUGAUGGUGGCCAGGUGGGUCAAGGUGAUGCAUCCGGAGAUGUAUUGGCUAUGAACUAUCAACAAGAACCUACAAUUUCCGUAGGAGCCACUGGUGAUACUUUGCCUUGUCAGAUAUGUUCAGGGCCAUUACCUGAUCUUCCUUGCCAGAUUUGUGGUACGUGGGUGCACAUCCAUUGCUCACAGUUGGUGGAGCAGUCAUCUUGGGAGGGUGGCAACUGGAGGUGUGGCCAGUGCCAGGAGUGGCGGUAGUUAAUUUCGUCAUACCAGGUUUUGGAAUUUUGUCUGUUGUUAAGUGAGUCGAGAAAUGGAGUACACAGUUGAACUAUUAAGGUUUGUACAGCUAUAAAGUAAGCUUCUGAAAAGAUGGUGCUGCUUCCGGUCAGGUUAUCUCGUCCGAUAAAUUUCAGUAUUUUGAUUGGUAUUCUUGGAAGAUUGAUUUAGAAUCAUAGGCUUUGUCUGAUCAGUAUUAUUAGAAGUUACGAAAUUGUCGGCUUGGUUUUGGUGUCUGCUUCCCGGACUAGUACCGUGAAGGUUGGAAUCACAUUGGGAGCUGUGAUAUUUACUCAGAUAUUGGUGGGUUUAGAAAGAUUUGUUUUGCCUUGUCUAAUUCUUUUGGCUUUUGUGACCAGAAUUUAACUCUUCUAUUUGAAGAUUAGUAACGAGUCUAAUGAUUGAAUCUCUGAAGCUCUAUUUUAUCAA